AUGAGCCCCGAUCGAGAAGGCGAGCCGGACGAGGCGGGCGGCCUUACAUACCCGUCUCCGGGUGCGGAGGCAAUGGAUGCAGGUCCCUUCUACCAUGCAAACGCCCGCGAUGGACCUCCUGAGCACACCGAUCAACCAGAGCACCACGCAGACGAACAUGUUCCCGAGGAGGUGCAUGCACACGAGCAGGAGCAGGCUGCCAUGGCCGCACAGGAAUCAGAUACAUCGCACCAGCAUGUAUCUCGACCUGCAAACCUGGAAGAACUUCAACUCGCUGCCCAGCUUGGUGACGGCCUGGCAGGCACCUCCAUGAUGUCCACUACCGACCCUAGUAUGAAUGUUGAAGACCACAACAUGCGAAGCAUCAUGCCCCAUCCCGAGCCAGAGCAGCAUCAGACCCCCUCGUACGUUCAAGACACCAACGGUACCGAUCACAUGAACCAACACGCCAUGCCCGUGCCGGUCGGCCCACCAGUCCCGCCUCAAUAUCAGGUCGCCGACAGCAUCCCUCCUCGAAAACGCUCCAAGGUAUCAAGAGCCUGUGAUGAAUGCCGACGGAAGAAGAUCAAAUGUGAUGCACAGUCUGACACAGGCGAUACGCCGUGUUCCAGUUGUGCGCGGUCGUCUAUUCGAUGUCUCUUCAGUCGUGUACCGCAAAAGCGCGGACCAAGCAAGGGGUACAUCAAAGAACUCGCGGACCGCAUCCACUCCAUCGAGAACAAGCUUGAGUCCGAAGGGAAUCUGUCUCAAGACGACAUCGACAAGCUCUUCGCCUCGGAACGUCCGCGCAGCCACAGCCAGGUAGGUUCCGGCGAGGACACGAGCCGAAAACGGCCCUUUUCGAGUAUCUCCGUCGGUGAUUUCAGCACACCGGUGGUUACUCGUCAAGCACCGUGGGGCUCGGAGUCUCGACCACUUCAGCCAGCGUCGGCUACGUCAGACGGCUUUGCGAAUAAUUAUGCCAGCAACAAUGGCUUGGCGCCUCAACCAGAGCCCAUCAAAGCCGACGAUGGGACGCCAUCGAAACCCCCAGUCGCAAGCAUGGACGCAUCCAUGGCUGAUGCAGACGAGCUGCCUAGUAUUGAUGAAGGCGCAAUGGAUGAUUACCUUGCAACUGUUCAGCCCUUGUAUCCAAUUCUGCCCAACAGCACAGCACGGAUGCAGUCCCUGCUGGUACAAUGUCCACCAACCUUGCGGGCGGCGUUUUCCAUCGCGCUGUUGUGCGUGGGCCGGGGUAUGACUGGAGACGUGAAGCAGGCUGAUGACCUACUCCGCGAACUCGAAGGCUCCGAUGAGCCAAGAACUCGGGCGUCUGAAAUUGUGCAUGCACAGACACUGCUGUUGCUUGCCAUUGACGCCGACUGGCGGGCAUCUUCAACUCUGCCAUUCCUCCUUGGCCGCGCUGUUGCGCUGGCCAAUACGAUGAACCUGUGGAAAUCAUUUCCCGUGGAAUCGACAGACCCAGACUCAGAGGAUCAGCUGUGUGUCAAGAUAUGGUGGACUCUGGUCCUGAUGGAUCGCUGGUACGCUGCUGGAACUGGCAGACCUGCCCUUAUACCCGACAACAGCGUUGUCGCAAGGGCUGGGCUGCAAGCAACCGUGGGCGAGGUAUCUUUCCACUUCAUUCGGCUCUCAAAGUUGCUGAACAGGGUGGCGUAUGUGAUCUCAGCGCUGCCGCCCGGCACGACUACGACGGAGCCACUCAUGGCAACAAUUCUCAACGACUAUAUCGAGAAUUACCGAGAAGACCUCCCCCCACAUGUGGAUGCCGCAUCCUACCCACUGGUGCACCUCGCUUACUGGCAUUGCCGCCUGUUGGUGACACUCUUGACACCGGGAGCCACAGCCGCGGACACCAUGUGGCCGACCAAGGAAAUUGUUAAUUUGUUGUCGUUGAACGCGCAGCUUCGCAGCCCUCUCACCAACCACUUCGUCUCCCUUGUGGCGCUCUCUCUUAGCCGGCUCGUGAAAUCAGAUAGCUCUCAUGACGAGGCAACACAGCUGAUAAAAGAGAUCACGGAAAAACCCGCCGGCGGCCACUGGGAUGGCGUGAGAGCCAAGCUAGCAGAAUAUCUCCGGCCAGCAUCAUCUGUGGAGGCGACGGCUAGCCAGGGACUGCAACAUCUUGCAGAUCUAGCGACAGCACACGAAGGCAUCGUGCCAGGCGAAGGCGAGGUCGCGUUUGGGCCCUCGUUGGCAUCUGGCUACCUGGAAGCCUCGUGA